UUCGUCGAUUUGUUUGUUUUUGUUCAGUCCCCUGCGGUUGUUUUCGCUUGGAACCACGACAAUGAGGAUUCUGGAGCUGUAUAGCGGUAUUGGGGGCAUGCAUUAUGCUUUGAAAGAAAGUGGAGUUCAAGGCACAAUCGUCGCAGCAGUAGACAUAAACACAGUAGCAAACGAGGUCUAUCACCACAAUUUCCCUUCCGACAAAAUCCUGAACAAGAAUAUCGAGUCCAUUACCUUCGACGAGCUCAAUAAACUGAACGUAGAGGGUAUCCUCAUGAGCCCGCCCUGCCAGCCCUUCACAAGACUCGGACUGCAGAGAGACAAGAGCGACCCCAGGACGUGUUCCCUCUUCCAAGUCCUGAGAAUAAUAAAACAGCUCGAAACCCUCAAAGUUAUUUUACUCGAGAACGUCGUGGGCUUCGAGACAUCAGAGACCCGAGACUCACUGAUCCAGACAAUUGAAGAAAAAUUCAACUACAAAGAAUUUAUCUUGAGUCCUUGCCAAUUUGACAUUCCGAACAGCAGAAGAAGAUACUAUUUGAUAGCUAAAAGAAAAGAUCUCGAUUUUUGUUUCGAUGAUUCUUCCUUAGUUCAAUCAAUUCCUCGAGAAAUCAAGGAAACCCUCUCACCCUCGAAGAAAUUGAGUCCUUCAAGGAUUGAAGAUAUUUUGGAAGAUGAUGGAACUCGUGAGAAACAAUACGAGAGAUAUUUCUUGAGUGAAGAGACUGUGCAAAAACGUCUGAACGUCUUGGACGUGAGGAGUCCUGACUCCACAGGCUCCUGUUGCUUCACGAAAGCUUACUUCAGGUAUGCAGAGGGGACGGGGUCUGUUUACUCCCCCCUAUCUCAAUGUGAAGUUAAAGAGAAGAUGAAUAAGAUUAAAAAUAGUGGAGAGCCUGAAGAGCGUUUGGAGUUGAUGAGGAGUUUGAAACUGAGGUACUUCACCCCCAAAGAAGUCUCAAGAUUAAUGUCAUUCCCUGAAGACUUCAGCUUUCCCAAUUCUAUCACUGAUAAACAGAAAUAUAGGCUGCUGGGGAAUUCAAUAAAUGUACACGUCGUUAGCCAGUUGAUUCGUGUUUUAAU